GCCCUCGCUGUUGUCCGCGGAGCUGUUGUCAAGGCUGCCUGAGCCGGCUUGGGGCUGAGCUCUAGAGGGAGGUGGGGACAGGAGGAGGGGUGCAUGGGAGCACGAGAGGCAGAGGAGGGGGCAUGGGGCCACGAGAGGCAGAGGAGCGGGACAAGAGAAAAGAUGAAUGGGGACAUAGAAUGCAAGCUGGUGACGACUGGAGGUGAGGAAUUGGAGGAGAGGAAAGAACCGAAGGAGUCAGUUGGGGGCCCAGACUCGGAAGGAGCAUGGAUGGGAGCCCAAGAGGCGGGAGACAGGAGGAGGGCUUAAGGGGAUCCCAAACCAGAGAAGAGACCCGGGUCGCUCCAGUUUGGGAGCGGAGGAGAGGGAAGUUGGGACACUCCCGGAUGGGUGGGGAGCUAAAGGGUCCUGCCCGGCCAAGGCUGGGCCCCAGGAAGGGUUACCCUCAAAGAAAGAGUUGGCUCUUUAGGCGACCCAGGCCUCCCCCAAGCCCGCCCUACCUGGGAGGGUGUUGUGCAUUUACAUUUACCUGCUCGCCUCCUCCAGGUGAGUCUGGGUGGCUAGUUAGUGUGUGGAAUUAGCUGUUAGGCUAGUAUGAGGAAUCCAUGGUUUGCCAUAAGACAUAAAUAUCUACUUAGAAAUCUGCCUUUAAUAAUGUUUUUUUUUUUCUCCCUGGAGGAAGCAUCUCUAAAAUUUCAAUACAGAUGUUCAGCUUACAUGCCAGACUUGCCUAAUGGACAAAGGAAUGUCAAAUCUACCCAGACUGCCAGCAAAAGCUAGCCUCUUGAUCAGCGUUUAGCCUGAUACCAAAAAUUCCAAAAACCUGGAAGGAAGCGAUGUGGUUAAGACACUCUCCAGUGCUCUGGGUUCCCAUCUGCCACAGAGACACUUCCUUUGGACCACAGGACAAUGUCUGUAUACACAAACCCACAAGUCUGUGUCGCGAUACCAAAGUUCAGCCAGGUGACGUGUCAGGGCAGGUAUCUGUGGUUUGCCCUGUACUUGCUUCCGCAAUUCCUGUCCCUCGAUGCAUCUUCUACCAGAGUGGAGCAUCUGCCUGGAUCCCACGUGUGCCACAAAGCGUGCCAUGGCCUGGGAGUGCCCUUCAAAGCCGUCCUCGCCUCCUGCAGAGCCAAACCUCGCCCGACAAGCGCACAGUGUCAAGCCCUCAGCCCCCCGAGGAAGAUGGCCCAGCCUGGGCACACGCCCCGAGCAGCUGCCUGUCGUUCCUCAGCCAAGCAGCAGGGAACUGUUAGCAGCCUGAGGAACGGCAGGCUGGGAGCCUCGGGCACCGCCCAGCCUUGCUGCCAGCUCACCUGCAAGAUGUGGACAGCCCUCGUGCUCAUCUGGGUUUCCUCUUGGUCCUUAUCUGAAAGCCACCUGACAGCCCAGCAUCCACUCCUCAACAAGACGCUGGAGAAUUCAGAACAAAACUCAUCCGUGGAAACCAUUACAAGAGUCUUGAAUGAAACGUCUGCAAGAAUGACCUCGGUGACACCUUCUCCCAUCACGUUGACCAGGGGGACUUGGGGAGGCGACCCCCCCUCUCCUGCGGUCACAGCAGGGACAACGCACAGGACAGAGGCAGGCGCGUCAGCAACGGCAGAAGGGACCCCUGACGGAGCCACCUCCGGGGUGCCCACGCUGCCUGUCCCGGCAUCUGACUGGCGGACCCUGUCCUCACCCCACACGCGGGCGCCUGGCAGCGGCACGUUGUCUGGGCCAGCGACGCACACGACACCCACGCCGGCCACGGGUGCUCCCACAGCUGCUGCGGCCCUGGCAAGUGUAAGCGGCCCCUUGGGCUCACACGGUCGUCCCGGGCACACCCCCGGCCAUGCCACAGCCAGCCCCACAGUGCCCCUGAGUCCCCAAACACUUAACGCGUCCACACAGGGCCCCACCGUCCAGGCGCCGACGGCCCGGACUGCGGCUGACGCAGCAAGUAGGCCUGCGCCCACCCUCCUCAACACAACCCCAGAACCCACCUCCCCCUCUUCGGCUUCCGCAUCCAUGACAGUGGGGACCACGACCAAGGCCCCCCAGCCAGCUGCCAGCACAGCGCCAGCCCCUCACUCCAGCCUGGCCCCCCCAACACGGCCCAGCCCCGUCACAUCCAUGCCGGGGGCCGCGGGGCCAGGCACCACUCAGACGCCGGAGCAGGGCGAGCCUGAAGCCGCGCCUGGUACUGCUUCCAUGGGGCCGACCCCUGGGAGCUCAGGGGACUCCAAGGUGCCAGCCACAGACUCAUGCCAGCUCAGCACCCAAGGCCGGUACCUGGUGGUCUCCAGCAAGCCCCUGGCCCAGUCCCCAGUGAACAAAAGUUUUCUCCUGGCAGUGCUCUUGCUGGGGGUCACCCUCUUCAUCACAGUCCUGGUUCUGUUUGCCCUGCAGGCCUAUGAGAGCUACAAGAGGAAGGACUACACGCAGGUGGAUUAUCUCAUCAACGGCAUCCGCCGGGGCUGCACUUGGCAUUCUAGCUUCAUCUGCUUACCAGCCAGAGGGAGGCAGGAGAGCUGGCGGGCAGCACGUGAGGCUGCGUUCCCAGGCCAGGUAUGCAGCCACCAGCUGUGUGACCCGGAGCAAGUGUGGCGUGUUGUGGGCUCAGCUGCUUUACCUGGGCGAUGGGGAGACGGUCUGUCUGUCACGGCCCCCAGGGGCAUGCUGCCUGGAGCGAUUCCAGGUGGGGAGUUGACUCGUGCUUUCUCAACUACUCUGAACCCCGAGGAGGAGACCGUUCUACCUGGAGACUCCAGUUUCCCCAUCACAGAAAUCUCCUGAGCCAGGCCUGCGUGUCCACUUCCUCUUAUCGAAAUUCUGCCUCCUCCAAAAAGGAUUUCAAAUGGCGCAUAAUAAAAGACAAUGGUAGUGAACUCCCAAACCAUUUGAAAUAACUUACGAGAGUAGGGAGGAGGGAUGGGAACAGUCCUCACCCGUUUUCUAGCUCCAUCCCGGGUUUCCCCAGCCCAUCUUUUCUCACUGGUUGGUUCAGGGGGCCCAGCAGACCCCUUUCCCUCGCCAACAGCUAUGCUGUGUGUCCUGACAGCUAGGCUCCAAGCAGCCUAUGCACCUGUGUCUCUCCCUGCCCUAGCCGACCCAUCGCACACCUGGGCCCAUCUGCCGUGUGAUCACAGGUGCUGGCGCUGACUGUGGCUGAGAAAGUGUCAGCCUCACUGAUCUGAGCUCCAGGCCAGGCUGCAGCUCUGUUGUCCUUGAGUCUGAGAGGCCACCUGCUGCCCAGGUCAGGCAGCUCUGCACAGAGUGGAGAAUCGGGGGGAUUUAGGGGGUGCCCUUUUCCUCUGCCAGCAUCACCCCAGCCGCCUGUCAAGGGCAGGCUCCACACCCUGGCUGGUGGGGUCUCACCCAAUAGAGACAGAGCCUUAGACCCCCAUGAGCCAUGGAACACUGGGUGGCUUGUUCCUCUCUAGGGGUGUAGGACAAGGGGCAACCCGCAGGGCUGGCUUUCAUCCUUAGCCUGUGACCAGGGGCCUCUGCCUGGCACUCCUACCUCCAAGGAAUGGGGGCGUGGAGUGUCACGGGGCCUGCCUGUCCCUCUGCCCCAGCCAGGACUCCAAGUCCUUUCCUCCCAAGAAUUGGUUGUGCUCUCCACCACCCCCCUCCCUCCUUAGCGGUCCUAUUCCCAACCAUCCACAGUCAUUUUGGCUCCAUGAUGGGCCACAGAUUCGUAACACGUGAGGCCACGCUCAGCUUCAGCCCUCAGGGUUCUUCCUCACACCAGUGGCGUCACUGCUUAUGGGAGCUGGAGACCUGGGCUUCAUCCUUGAGGCCGACUGACCGUCCUAAGUUCCUGUGCAUGGGCCUCUCCCCGGCCAGAGUCCUUCCUGCUGUCCUGCCUGGGGCCCUUCCACCACCUGCCAGCUCCGACCCAGCUGUCUUCCACCCUGCAGCCAGGGCCCCCUCAAGAUACAAACUUGACCACACCUUUCCCUGCCAGCAGACCUUCCCGGAUAAAGACCAAGCUGCCAUACCAGGCGUUCCAGGCAAACCUUCCAGUGUGUUCUGGCUGAGCGGAGACUGAGGGGAGGAGCCA